ACAAAUAAUUAUUGAUAAAAUAAAAAUUUUAUAAAUUAACUCACAGGUGUGUAAAUUGUAAUCACAAGUGAAACAAAAAAUCCAUCAACAAUUAAAAAAGGACUAAAAACAAAAGUUUCAGUAUAAAUUUUGUAAAACAGCUAAGCCCAGGGAACGCCCACUGAAAAAAUAAAAACGAAGGCGUAAAAAUAGUUUUUUUUUAAAACUUGUAAUUAUUAAUCUCUAAAUGAAAGAUUUGAAAUGGCUGCCUUAAGUGACACGCCCACACCAACAAUGUUAACGUCAACGUCAGAGGCUGGUGGUGUCUCAAUAAAAAUAGAACAGGGUGUGUUACGUGAAAAUGAUGAUGAAUAUGAAGGGAGUGGAUAUAAUGCCGAGAGGCGGGGUAUCCCGACUACUCAAUAUGAGUCAAGCCACCCACCUGACAUGGAAAAUGCUUCAAACGGCAUGAGUGAUGACAACUUCAAUAUGUACAGUAUUUCCCACAGUAUUUUCCAUUCGGAGGUUCAAAUUAAAGCAGAACCACCGGUGGACAUCGAUGACACCCAUCCCGACGAAGAAGUUGAAGAAAGUAGAAGUUUCCAAUUGCAGUCACCAAACGCAACUAGCUUCAAUACAACACCAAAAAUAAGGCUUACUCCUACCAGCAAACUAAUAGCAUCACCAAAUGGAACCAGCGAGAACAAAAGACGUUUCGUAUGUCCCUAUGAGAAUUGCACAAAAAGCUAUGGCAAAAGUUCACAUUUAAGAUCUCAUUUAACUUGGCAUACCGGCAUUAAGCCAUUUGUAUGUAAAGAAGCGGGAUGUGGCAAAGGUUUUACGCGCUCAGACGAACUUAAUCGUCACAUUAGAACACAUACGGGUGAAAAGCCAUUCGAAUGUGUACAAUGUACUAAAAAGUUUUCGCGUAGUGAUCAUUUAACCAAACAUUUGGCAACACAUACUAAACAAUUGGCAGCAAGUAAUAAAGCGCUAGCAAAAAAAAUAAAAAUGGAUAAAAAGUCAACUACGGAAGUUGAAAAACCUAUUUCUACAGCUCCCUCAGUAGCUGUGGAAAAUAAUAAUCAAACUUCCGAAAGCAUUAAUUUUAAAGACACAGAUGUGCCGAAACCGAGACUAAACUCACCAGAACUAAACACAAAUCAUUUAGAAGUAUCGCAAGCAAUUAGUUUGAAAAUAAAACUAGAGAAAUCUGAAAAUAGUGAUGAAUAUAAGAUAACGGCUCCCCAAGAGGAUAUAAAAAUAAGCCCAAGUCCAGCAUCACCAAUACGGCAAUUAGAGUUAAAUAUUAAAAAUGAACCCGAACUUGUUAUUAAUCCUGAACCACUAGAUGAAUCACACACCAGUGAAUCAACAGAUGUGUCACAUGAUCUUGAACCUGAUGACGAUGCCAUUAUGCCUGAAGCCAAUUUGCCAGUAUCAACGGAAAAUACAACCACGACGACUGUACCAUUAAUGAGAUUUGCCAUGGCAUCUCAUGUCAGGCCGCCAUUAAAGCGCGUAUCAGACCUUGUUUACGAUUCGACAAGGCCAUUUCCAUGCACUCACUGCUUGAAGAAUUUUAAGCGACAAGAUGAUCUCAAUCGUCAUAUGCGCACACAUACCGGUGAAAAACCAUUUGUUUGCAAUGAAUGUGACAAACGUUUUACGCGUAGUGACCAUUUGAAAAAGCACAUGAACACUCACACAAGAGUAAGAUGAUUUGCCAAACAGCAUUGUUCUCACUAAUCAUUACAAAUAAUUGUAGCGUUUAAAGUGAAAAAUCAUGAAACAUUAUUAAUUUUCCUUUAAACAUUUUAUGUUGCGGAAAUUUUAUUAAAAAUGUUCUAAAUUCUCCUAAGACUACACCAUUUCCAAAUGUAUUUCAGAAGUUUCUAAUUGUAUUUCAGAAUUUACAUCUUAAAUAUCGCUUAAAAUAAUUACUCGAUCUCAAAUGUUUUGUUAUCAUUUAAAAGCGCUUGAGACGUCAAUUUCAAAGUGUCAAAAUGUUUUCAAAUUUCACACGAUUAUCAAAAAUUGGUGUCGAAAUUUUUUCUGAGUAGCUAGCCUGCUCCCAGGAUAUAUCGUAAAGAGGCUUCGCAUAAUAAUUUGUCUCUUAGUAGCUGGUUUUUGCACAAACAAAGACGUUUUCAUCUCCGACACAUGCAAACAAAUCAACAUUUAUUACUGCAAAACUUCUAAACCAAAAUAGAGAAAUUUGUACCAUUAGUCUUAACACACGUGACAAAUAUUUGACGAAAAAUACGUAACCACUAAAUAAAAUAUAUUUGAAUUCUUUUAUUUAUUUCAAAAUCUUAUUUUACUUAGGAUGAUUCAAAACAAAUAAUUUACUUUUAUUUUAUUUGAUGCUGUUUGAUCUUACAAAACAAUUGAA